GCCACGAGCUAGGUCAAAUAACAAUUUGAAAAAAAAAACGACAGAUGGAAUAAAUUAGAUGGUAAAGUUGCUCGCACAAAUCCAGGAAAUUGAAACCAAGGCCCCAAGUAUCAAGCAUAACAUUACAAAUACAUAGCCCACUAAUAUUUUAGAUAGACUAAUAAUACAGAGUGCAAAAACUUGUUUCUCCGUGAUUGAUUGCGACCAUUGAACGCCUUAAGGUUAUUCGUGCGAUCCCAGAGAAAGUCUAGCAAGUAAAAAGUUCCUCACCAGUGCACAGACCUUCUCAAACGAUCAACCCAACUUCAAGAGAAAUGUGGCUGAUAUUUCGCCAAGGAAUGUGAUUCGCUUGACGAGUCUUACCUAUGGCAAGUAUAUAAAGAGCAGAGACGGAUGGAAGUCAGCAGUCGUUCCCGGAUUUCGCGAGCUUAUACAGAUCCUUGUGUUCGUUCAUUUUUCAUUUGCUUUCUUCUGGGCCUGUGAAUUUAAGUGAACCGUCAUGCUGGGACAGUCGACAAAAUUUGUUAUUCUUUUGUGUUCUGCAACAUCGAUCGUGUGGGCCAUCCCACGCCCAACUGAGUCUCCUGUCGUGGAGAAUUACACGGUAGCAAACGAGACCAAAGUUGUCGACAUUUGCUCCCUUCCGUCCAUCAAUCGUCCUUCGGAUGCCCCGGAGUGCAGUGGAGUGAUUCCGCGUUGGACUUACGACACGAGCGCCAACGCCUGCAGGAAGAUCUUUUGGCAGGGCUGCUGGGGCACAGAGAAUUUAUUCAACAAUGAAUUUGCUUGUCUCGCUACGUGCAACAAACAAGGACUUCAGAAGUUAAUCGAUGGAAGGGAUAACUCUAUGCCAUGCAUGCAGUCCAAGUCCGAAGGCAGUCCUUGUCUUAAAUUAGAUAAAAGCUCGGUCAAUGUCAUUGGUGAAAAGACGCGAUUCUUUUUCGAUACGCAAACUGGAAAGUGCCUAACUUUCGAUUACACCGGUUGCGAUGGCAACAGAAACAAUUUCGAAUCUGAAUCUGAAUGCGACCUUACGUGCAAUGGCCUGCAGGGACCCGUUACUCCGCCUACAAUCACAACUGAAACAGUUACAGAGACAAAUGUUACUGCUGACGGAGACAAUGUUGAAAUUAUUAGCGACGACAUUUGCUUGUUGCCUCCGUUGAAGGGCACUCUCUCUUGCUCCGGAGUCUUUUAUCGAUGGACUUACAAUUCGACGACAGAAGUUUGCGAGAAGUUCGUUUAUGGCGGAUGUCAAGCUACCGAGAAUGUUUUCAGGAAUCAACACGCUUGCCUGGCAAAGUGCAAUCAAAAAGAAUUAGAGAAGGUGAUUAGUCAAGGGCUUCAGACAUAUCGUUGCUUGCAACCGAAACUGAUCGGGAACUGUCGUUCGUCCAUUCCAAGCUUUUAUUACGAUGCUACAACUGGAGUUUGUAGACCAUUCAAUUUUAGCGGCUGCGACGGGAACAGCAACAACUUCGGCUCAGUGAAAUCCUGUGAACGGGCAUGCAUGGGUCCUGAUUUCUUAUCCGAUCUACCUCCAAGCAUGACUACAACUGAGCCACACGAAGAUCUGAGAAUAAUAACAAACGGCCAGUAAGGUUAAACCAUAAUCCCAAACAUACUCCAAUUUGUUGCUUGCCAAGGGAAACGUAAAAUAGAAAUAUGUGCUCUUAUGCUGUGACUUAUUAUCGUAAGUAUGUUGAAUAAAUAUGAAUUAUACUAAAAUAGUCAGAAUCUAAGGCAAAACUAAUAGACGAAAUAGCGUAAAUGCACUGCGCUCCACUACCGUCAUCCGUUUGCUCGUCACUCCUUUAAAAUGCGCACUAAUUGUAAAACAUGUUCGCAAAUUUAAAUCGACGUCUAAAGUGAAUAACUAAUUCCAUUAGAAAGGCAAACGUAGCAAGGCCCAAACCAAUGCCUAAAAUGACGAAAGGAGCCACCAGGUCUCGGGAUUUAAUGGCCAUUUGACCCGCCGAAUUCGCUCUCGGUUUUGUUUUAGCGAAGCACUUUGGCGCUCGUGGAAUUGCGUUUUUCAUCCAAAACAAUAGCAUUCCAGUUUCCCAGGGCUCAAUCAAACUUUUGGUAAAAAAGGACGUUAGGAGCGUUUGCUGUUUACGAUACAAUCAGGUUAGGUAUAAACCUACGCGCUGUCAAUUGCUGACUUGUAUUGGCUGUCCUUUUGUAGAAUAAGUGACCAGAAUCCUAAAUUGA